AUGAACGUUUCUCCAGACGCUCCUUUGGAGCCGCCUCCUUCUGCACCGCCUGCUUCGACAGGGGCCACAGUAGGCGCCGUUGGCACAGAAGUCCACCUGCCGCCGUUCUGGACGAAAAACCCGCGUGCAUGGUUCUCGCAGAUCGAAGCUCGCUUCGCCCUUCGCCGAAUCACAUCACCCCUUACGAUGUAUCUGAACGUCGUUUCGGCCUUACCUCCCGACGUUGCUGACCAGGUAGACGACCUUCUGGCCUCCCCACCUGCCGAAAAUCCGUACCAACAGCUCAAGGAAGCGAUUCUUUCGUGUGCUGAGUGCACAGAGCAGUCACGGAUCCGUCAGCUCCUCUCUGGCGAGGAACUGGGCGAUCGCAAGCCAUCGCAGCUUCUCCAUCGUAUGCAACAACUGCUCGGAGGCGCCACGGACGAUCAGCACCCCAUAUUACGUGAGCUAUUCCUCCAGAGGCUUCCGCAGCAAGUACGAAUGGUCUUGGCCGGCUCCGAAGAUCUCUCCCUCAAGGCCUUCGCCCAACUCGCGGAUAGGAUCAUUGAGUACUCUUCGCCUUCCAUCGCCGCUGUUUCCCACCGCACCCCGCACGCCCCUCCUUCCACUGACAGCUCUACCCGCGCCCUUCAGGAGCAGAUUGCGCGGUUGUCUGAAGCUGUGGAAAGUCUCCGCUCUGAUCUCACUCACCGCCCUCGGACUUUACGUUCACCGUCCCGCGGCCGCCGCCGUUCUCCUUCCGCCCAGUCUGAUGCACAGAGCCAGCCCAACGGCCUCUGCUGGUAUCACAGGAAAUACGGCGACAAGGCACUGAAGUGCACACGACCUUGUUCCUGGACGGGAAACGCGGAGGCCGGUCGAUAG